UAGCGCAAGAAUUUUGAGAAUUGAAAUGAUGGGUGAGUUGGGAAGGAGAGUUUGCAGAGGUUAUGUGAAUCAUCUACAGCGGUCAUCGGCUUCUAUAUCAUACGCUUCUCAGGAUCCGAGGAUCUAAGUAAUUAGGAGGAUCAUCUGAUUAGGAUCUGGUUGGGAUCGGAGCGGAGGUCGAGCGAUGACUGCCUGUGUUUAGCUUUGGCCUGCCUCCUCCUCGUUUUUUGUUUAUUUAUUUCAUUGCGAGUAUUUAUUUGAAAACAAGUAAUCGAUUCGCGACUCAAAACUCCAAGACUCAAAACUCAAGAGAGAGAUAAGGAUUGAAGCAGCAGUAGAAUAAGCAGGGAAAGAGAGAGAGAGAGAAAGAGAGAGAAAUGGCAGCCCUAGUAUACCAGAUUUUGUCUUCCUCCGCAUUGGUAUCACUGGGACUCUACCACAUGGUGGCCACCACCCGCAACCACCUCAAAUCUCCACAGUCUUACGCCGCCAAGCCCUACCACCCCUUCCCCCUCUCCUCUUCCUCUUCCAACCUUAAUCCUCCUCCUCAUCAUCGCCUCAGGUAUCUCCAGCUCUAUGCCAUAAUCGCCUGCCUAUUGGUCGCCGUCGUCCACCAGACCCUCACCUCCUUCGACGCCGACCCACUCCUCAAGGGCCGCACCCCCGUCCACCGAUUCACGUCCCUGCAGUCCGCGGCCUCCCUCUUCCUCUUUUUGGUGCUCACGCUGGCUCUGCUGCUUUCCGAGUGUGCUCCAUCGGUUCUUCCGCUGCCCUCGGAUCUGGUGUUCGGGCUGUCCGCGGCCCUCUUCUACCUGCAAUCGCUCGUGUCGUGGGGGGCAGCGUCGGUGCAGAUGUCGGAUCUGCAGGCCAAGUGCGACUCGGUUUCCGGUCGGAUCACGGCGGUGGCGUCAGGGCUGUGCGUGGUUCUGGCGUGCCAGCCGAGGGUGUUCGUGGCGGAUGUGGGGUUAGGGGCGGCCAUGUGCUUGCAGGGGCUGUGGGUGUUGCAGACGGGGCUGUCGCUGUACGUGGAGGCGUUCAUCCCGGAGGGGUGCCACAGGCUGCUGGACGUGGUAAACGCGGUUGAGGGUUCCACCAAGUGCGACCUGGACGAGUCCCGGUUCAGGGCGGUGGCCAUUUUGGAUCUGGUGUUCUUGGUGCACGUCAUGUUUGUCCUGCUCAUUGUCAUGGUCACCUACGCCGUCGUUACCAAGUCUGUUGGAAUCCGCAGAUUGGGUUCAUACGAGGCCUUGCCCAACGCUGCCCCCUCCUCCGACCACAACCACAUUCAGAUGAAGGCCUUGAGCGGCACUCAGGCUUAGCUAGCAGCCUAGCAUCCACACCCACACCCUCACCCUCACCCUCGUUCAGGAGAAUCACCGGUGGCAAUGUCGGGUUAACCAUUCGUUUGAGACAUCUUCAACUUCUUCCCAGGAUUGCAUGAUUAGGGACACCUGUGCUUAUGGAAAUAGACUCACAUAGUGUGGGUGGGAUGGCAAUGUGGGCAUGAAAGAUUCUAAAGCUCUUCACUAACAGCUUCACUAAAGAAAGAAAACCAGAUGCAAUGAUUUUAUUAGUCUCCUUCUUACUGAAGUAACCGACAAGUAAGAUCUGUUACCAUACAUGGGGUAGCUUUGCGGAUAGUGAAGGUACCUGAACUCCUGCAUUUCACUGCAAAGCACUCCUUGGUUGGUAGAUAUUUUGAAUUGAAAACUGUUUGGUUCUUUUUCAUAUGGUAUGGUAUGGUAUAAUCUCUCAGGUGCUUUGUAACAAGUUUCAACGCGCAUUUGAAACUUUAGAUACUCUCAUCUUGGAAAUAGAUUCAGGUGGUUGUUCCA